AUGCAGACCCCUGGCGCGGCUGCAGCUCGGUAUUCCUACCUCUUCCCAAUCGGGUUUUCCUAUUAUGCCAUAGCAACGUCCUUGACGCCUGAGUUCUAUCAGAAGCUCGUCGACCGAUGUUGGAGACGUUCAGGCUCGCUCUUGUACCGCCCGAAUCAGAAACACUCAUGUUGCCCGCAUUACACGCUCCGUCUGGACUCGACUCAGUUCAAGCCCACCAAGGACCAGCGCCAGGCCGUCAACCGGUUCAACCGUUACGUCCUCGGCGAGACGUAUCCCAGGGAUGCGGCCCGCCUGCACCCACGAUCCCGCGCCGAGGUCAGGCGGCGCCACAACGUGUUCGACCUGGUCGAGCGGAUCCACGAGCCCGAGGCCGAGGUCGUGAAAACGCCACCAUCGCCGGACCAUGUAUUCACCGUGGCGCUAGAGCCAGAUACGUUUACCGAGGAGAAGUACGAGAUCUUCGAGAACUACCAGCGCAUCGUCCACCGCGAGCCGCCUGACAAGAUCUCCCGGCAUGGCUUCAUGCGGUUUUUGUGCAACUCGCCGCUGCGCCGCGGCUCCGCGGUCGGGCCGGACGGCACCGAGCGUCAGCUCGGCUCGUUCCACCACUGCUACCGCAUCGACGGGAAGCUGGUUGCUGUUGGCGUCCUGGACCUCCUCCCGGACUGUGUGAGCGCCGUGUACUUCUUCUACCACGAGUCGAUCCAUUGGCUCAACCCGGGCAAGCUGGGCGCCCUGCGCGAGAUCGCCCUGGCUCGCGAGGCGGGCUACCGCUGGUGGUACCCCGGGUAUUACGUGCAUAACUGUGCCAAGAUGAGAUACAAAAUCGACUACAAGCCGCAGUAUGUGUUGGAUCCGGAGGAUUUGAGGUGGUACCCGCUUGACAAGGACGCGCUGGCGCGGUUCGAUAAGCACCAUUACGUGUGUUUUUCGCGGGAAGACGAGGACGUGGAGAUGGCCGAGAGCAGUGGGGGCAAGACCCUCACUGACAGCGCCUCCGCGCUCAAACCUGACGAACCCGAAGAAGAAGAAGAAGAAGACUCGACCUUCCUCCUGACCUCCUCGAUGCCGGGCAUCCCCUCGCUCGAGGACAUGCGCCGGGUCGACAUGGACGGCCUCGUCCUGCGCGCCGACUUCUCCGACAACCUGAUCGUCGCCUCGCACCUCGUCAUCUGGGACACCGAGGACGUCGCCCAGUUCGGCUCCCUCAAGUCCCGCAUCGCCGAGCUGGUCGCCGCCGUCGGGCCCGACCUGCUCGGCGAGAUCUGCAUCGACUUCCGGAAGCGGUCGUCCGCCGCCGCGGGUUGA